AUACGACAGAAAAAAGGACCGGAACCCAAACAGCCACGUAGUAAAAGGCGAAGCUCGACAAAGACGUCCUGCCCACAGCUGACCCACCCACUGAGAUGCCUCUGUGAGAGUUUCUUUCCAAAGAGUCAUUGGCAGGAUUUUACCAAUGGAAACCAUGGAAACAGUGAAGACUGACAAAUAUGAAGAGCUGCAACUGAAGAGCACCGUCAUUUCUGUACCGCAAGCUAUGGAUCAGACAGAAGCUGAAACAACAUCACAGUUUAUCCAAGCAGAACAAGGAAAAACCCCCAAUGGGAAUCUGCCUAAUGGUCCUGUCAGUUCAGAUGCGAUGCCAAAUGGAGACAGACUGGCAGAGGGCUUUGGUGUCCAUAUGAAUGGCCCUGUGCCUCCGACAGCUUCUCCACAGAACACCAGUUCCCCGGCCAACUCCAGUCAAGAGCCCUCUCCAGGUGUGGCUGCUUUCCUACCCAUGACGCUAGAGAAGUCUGAGGGAGCUAGUACUGAGCUCACAGGUCACACGGGUGAUGCACUGCAGUCACUCAGACUCAGUAUGCCCAUGCAGGAGACUGAAUUGUCCAAUAAGAAACCCUCACUGGAGAUGGAAAAUGAAGAAAAGAUCCGUUAUGAAGCUCGCAGACGUCUGGAGGAGCAGCUCAAACAGUACAGAAUGCAGAGACAUAAGGAGAGGUCUCGUCGCACCAAUCCUAAGAAUAGGCCCUUCAGCACAUUGGAUCCUGAACUAAUGCUGCAUCCUGAAGCCCUGCCCCGGGCCAGCACUGUUGCCAUGACCACAGAGUAUUCUUUCCUGAGAACUAGUGUCCCUCGUGGUCCCAAACUGGGCAGUCUGGGUAUCCCUCCUCCCAAAGAGAAGAAAUCCAGAUCUCCUCGCCCAAAUAAAAUCCAUUCUUUAGCUGACUAUAAGACUCCAGAGAAUGAUGGAGGUGGCGGAACGGGCAGUGGUGCCAGGACAGCAGAUAGCAGUGUGGGGUCACUUCAAACCAGUAUUAGUUCAGUGUCAACAGUGUCGGAGGUGAACAUUAUAUCGGAGCGGAUCAUUAGUGAAGUAGAUGGACAACUUGGUGCUUCUCCUCUGCCCACUGAUAAUGUCUCAGAGAUUGAUGGGAGUGAGUCUGGGACUAGGCCAGGGAAUGAUGGGAAUGACAGUGACAGUUCAUCCUACAGCAGUGUGUCAACUAGAGGCACCUAUGGCAUGCUCGCGGCUGCAGUGGACAGACAACAGGGGCCCUAUACAGUGGAGGGGAGGCAGAUCGCUGCAGAGGCCAUGGGUCAGUUCCCCUCACUUAAAGAGGUGCUACAAGCUGCAAGUGAAGAGCAGCAUCUGCUAGAGCUUGAGCAAGAUCGGGAAAGUACAGCUGAGCCACGGAGCCGCAGGGACAGCUUCUCAAGCAGUAUUUCUAUGGAGAGCUCUGUAAUGGGGCAUGAUGAAAUGCUACAAGUUCUAAAAGAGAAACUGAGGCUUGAGGGCCAACUGGAGUCAUUGUCAUCUGAGGCCCAUCAGGCUCUCAAAGAAAAGACAGAACUCCAGGCCCAGCUUGCUACGGUUAAUGCGCAAUUACAUGCCAAAAGUGAGGAGGCUCAGGUCAGUCAGCAGAAGCAGAGUACCCUCACUAAAGAGGUGGGCUCCCUGAAAGAGAACUGCAGCCAGCUGGAGAAGGCCAUGGUGGAACUACAGGGACAUUUAGAGGGCAAGAAUGCCAGUCUGGCAUCUUUGAGCAAUGACCUGCAAGUGGCUGAAGACCAGUACAACAGACUGAUGGGAAAAAUUGAAGAGAUGCAACAAACAGUAACAUCAAGGGAUAGCACUGUUCAUGAGUUGCGUCAACAGAUGGGUGGUCUGCAGGCCCAACUUCAGCAGGUGCAGCUGGAGCGCAACACCUUACAGAGCCGUCUCAAAACCUCUCAGGCUGAAAUAGACUCCCUGCAACAAGUCAGGCAGUGGUAUCAGCAGCAGCUCGCUAUAGCCCAGGAGGCAAGAGUACGGCUGCAAAGUGAGAUGGCAAACAUGCAGGCAGGGCAGAUGACUCAGUCUGGGGUGCUUGAACAUCUGAAACUGGAGAAUGUGACAUUGUCCCACCAACUGAGUGAGACUCAACAUCGCUCCAUCAAAGAAAAGGAGCGCAUUGCUGUUCAGCUGCAGAGCAUUGAGGUUGACAUGCUGACCCAAGAAGCUGCAUAUAAGCAGAUCCAGGAUGCAAAGACAAUGGUGGAGGAUGACCUGCAGCACAAACUGGAGGAGUUUGAAGCAGAACGAGAGGAAUUACUGAAAUUGGCCAACACAGCCAGCACAUUGGAAAGAGAACUAGAACAGGUGAAGCUAACUCUAUCCCAGAAGGAUGUGCAGCUACAGUCACUUCAAAAGGAACAUCUGGAGCUAAUGCGGCAGCUCACCACGACUCAGGAGAACCUACAAACCAAAGAGCAGUUCAUUAACCAGCUGGAGGCCCGCUACCUGGAGCUGGAAGCACAGCUGGCUGAACUGCAGACAGAGAGCAAUGCUAAGGACGACAAUAUUCAGUUUCUCCAAAAUGAGAAGAUAGUUCUUGAGGUGGCUUUGCAGGCUGCGCGAGUCGACAAGAGUCAGCUCGAUGAAGGGGCAGAAAAACUUGGAGAAGAGGUUCUUGUGGCCUCAGACAUCUUGGACCAGCUCAGACAAGAAGUCCAAGUCAAAACCAGCCAGAUUGAAACUCUACAACAGGAAAAUAACUCUUUGAAGAAGCAAGCUCAGAAAUUAAAAGAGCAGUUCAUGCAACAAAAGGUAAUGGUUGAAGCCUACCGUCGGGACACGAGCUCCAAAGACCAGCUCAUCAGUGAACUCAAGUCCACCAAAAAGCGUCUCUUGUCGGAGAUGAAGGAUCUCAAAGAGGAGCUGCAGCGUGUCCAGGAGGAGAAGCAGAGGGCAGAGAUGGAGCAGAACCGGCUGCAAAAGGAGGUGGUCCGAGUUCAAGAGCAAAUGACCAACAUGGAGGCCCAUCUGGGAGCCAUUCAGAAAGAACGAGACGAGCUAGAAAAUCAAGUGCAGUCUUUACAGUUUGAUCGAAGUCAGCUUGCAUCAGUGACAGAGGAAAACGAGGGCCUGAGAAGACAGGUGGAGCAGAUGGAAGCUGAGGCCAAAAAGGCCAUCUCUGAGCAGAAAGUGCGCAUGAAGCGGCUGGGCACCGACUUGACCAGUGCUCAGAAGGAGAUGAAAGCCAAACACAAGGCCUAUGAAAACGCUGUGGGCAUCCUGAGCAGAAGACUUCAAGAAGCUCUCACAGAAAAAGAGACGGCUGAGGCAGAGCUGGUCAAACUAAAAGCGCAAGUUUCAGACGGAGGAAACAGUCAGGCUUUGCAGGAAAAGAUUGAAGCUCUCCAGGCUGAGCUAAAAGCUGUGAACAAUAGCAAGUCUAUGUUGGAGAAAGAGCUGCAAGAAGUGAUCACCCUCACCUCUACAGAGUUGGAGGAAUACCAGGAGAAAGUACUUGAAUUGGAAGAUGAGCUUCAAGAGUCAAGAUGUUUCAAGAAAAGGAUCCGGAAAUUAGAAGAUGCCAAUAAAAAACUAGCUUUAGAGUUGGAACAUGAAAAAGGGAAAUUGACUGGAUUGGCACAGUCCCAUAAUGCCUUGCGGGAACAUUCCAACAUUUUGGAAACUGCGCUAGCGAAACGAGAAGCAGAUCUAGUACAACUAAACUUACAGGUUCAAGCUGUUUUAAAACGUAAAGAAGAGGAGGAUCAGCAGAUGAGGCAGGUGGUGCAGACACUUCAACUUGCAUUGGAAAAAGAAAAAUCCAAAGUGAAUGAUCUCAAAGAACAGGUGGCAGCAGCAAAAGCAGAAGCGGCUCAUAAUAGAAGGCAUUACAGGGCGGCCAUGUUGGAACUGUCAGAAAUCAAGAAAGAGCUACAGGCCAAAGAAGAUUUGGUCAAAGUCCUGCAAAAUGAAGCCCAAAAAUUACAGGCUCAGGAUGAACAACAUGCUCAGGAGGUUUCGAAGUUUCAGGAAGACUUGGCUGAGGCUCAGUCACAGAUUCAGAUUCUCCAGAAACGUCUAGAUGAGGAACUGGCAAAACAACCCCUCACAAACCAAGAAGUUGAAGAUUUGAAAUGGGAGGUGGAGCAAAAACAGAGAGAGAUUGAGGCUCAGAAACAGCAGGUCGAAAUGAUGGAACAGUGCCAUCAAAGAGAGCUGGAAAAUCUACAGGCCGCACUGCAUAGCAUAAAAGUGGAGCUUGAAACUGUUCAGGAAGAUCUAAGCAGUGCCAGAAAAGACAAGUUUAUGCUUCAGGCCAAAGUGGGAGAGCUGAGAAACAGCAUGAAGACUCUGCUCCUGCAAAACCAGCAACUCAAACAGAAUCGUAUGAGAAAGCGCAUUGAGCUGAAGAGUGAAGGAAACCCUUCUAACCCAGUGACACCAGUCAAAAUCCCAGACUGUCCUGUACCUGCUUCUCUCCUGGACGAACUACUGAAGCCAUCCACCUCUGUUAACAAAGAGCCACUCAACAACCUGCACAACUGUCUACGGCAACUCAAGGAGGAGAUGGACAGCCUUCAAAGACAGAUGGAGGAGCACACAGUAACUGUUCAUGAGUCGAUAAACUCGUGGCCAAACAAUGAGGAUGGACAACCUCAGCUCGCGAUUCAGAAAAAUGGCUCUAAAUCUUCACCACUCAACAAUAUGCUGGUAGAUAAUAAUAAUGAUGCAGAACCACAACAAUCCUAAUAAAAUAUUUAUCUCAGGCUGAAAGAGGGAGAGUGGAGUUUUAUCCACAAGGCACUUUGAGCUCUGUAUUCUCUUUACUUGCUGCCAACAUUUGGCAAUUUCCCAUCAGCACAGGGGUGCUUUCUGACAUUAAUACUUUCUACACCAUAGCUUUAUACUUUCUUCGCUGGUUGUUUAUAUUUUUGUUAAAUAUUUGAGAUUUAUUUAUUUGAAGUUUCAAAUAUAUUUCAAGAAAACCCCUUAUCACAGUUUUCUUAUAACACAAAAUGUUUAGAUUUUUCUGAACUGGGUCACUAAAAAGCAUUUACUGACAUGUGUAGUGACAAAUGUCCCAACCCAAUUACUUUCCUCAACAAAGUUUACGUCUGAAAUUGUUCUUCCAGGUUGCCUGUGUCUGUACAUGAGGAAUCACUCAUUUAUCUCUAAACUACAAGUUUUAAAUUAAAUACUUUUUAAUAAUCUCAGUUAUGUAUUAAGAUUGCUCCAGCAUGAAUCGCAGUUAUCAAUACCUUUAAUAGCCUUAAAAGCAAUGACUAGGGACUAGGGUGGUGUCUGACUACUCUCUUAUUUCUGCUUAUUCCCAUGUUACUGUUUAGAAGAGUUCAUAGCAAUGAUCAUUAAUAAUACUGCACAUUUGUGGACAUUUAAGGACAAGGACACUGUACAAUGAGACAGAUAUGUUACUACUACUACUACUACUACUAUUGUGCAAUCAGACUUGACAUUUUCUGGUUACAAUAAGUAUAUACUGUAUUUAUGUAAGGCUACUCCUCAGACACACAGUUUGAUGUGUGGCUGAGUUAAGGACUAAGUUAAUGGUUUCCAGAAGUUAAUAUAUAAAUAUGCUUCCCUUUGUAUUAUUGUGUGUUCAUAAUAACUGUUAAUUAAUGAUGUAUAAAUUGUCAAAAUAAGCAACUAAAUGAAAUGGUCAAUUGAUUCUGGUACAGUAGUUACUCAAAUUGGAAUUUCCUUUGCUCUCAAUACAACUGUUAUGCAGCCACACCCUUGCCGUUUGCUUGAUAAAGAAAUCUAAACCUUUAUGUAUUUUAAAAGGGACAUUUUGCGAAAAUUGAAUGGGCUAUUAAUUAAUCCAUACAAAUUUUUCCUUUGGACUCACACUUUGAGUCAUUGUAUUUUUGGUACUAUACGUAAUAACAAUUUGGGACAUUUUUACUCUGUUCUUUAACUGUUGUAUCUGCAGUUCCUCUCAUUUGGGAUUCAGUCAUUCCAUUGUUUUAACAUUUGUGUUUGGAGAUGUGACUGUGUUUAUCAUAAAGUUGCACUAUUCAUCUGAAA